CAUGGUAGACAGAGAUGGUGGUGCGCAUAGGAAGUGAAGGCAGUACUUUUGUCAACGUAUAGUAUACCGCCUUUUUGUACUAUCUUAGCGUAUCGAUGCCAUUUGUGUCCUGAUACGGAGGUCGAGCGUUGCUGUUCCCUCGGAUUUGUCCUGUUCCGUAAAACGAAGCUCCGUGACUCCCUGUAUCUUGAUUCAUGCACUUGUUUCCUGGCUGACACAUAGGUACCCUGCCCACUUAUCACAUCUUGAUUGAGGCAAAAUGAUCAAGGCAGUUUUGGUAUUCAACAAUCAUGGCAAGCCAAGACUUACCAAAUUUUACCACUACUAUAAUGAAGAAAUGCAGCAAAAGAUCAUUAAGGAAACGUUUCAACUGGUGUCCAAGAGGGAGGACAACGUCUGCAAUUUUUUGGAAGGCGGCACGUUGAUCGGCGGCUCUGACUACAAGCUCAUCUACCGGCACUACGCCACGCUGUAUUUUGUGUUCUGCGUGGACUCGUCCGAGUCGGAGCUCGGCAUCCUCGACCUGAUCCAGGUGCUCGUCGAGACGCUGGACAAGUGCUUUGAGAACGUCUGCGAGCUGGACUUGGUCUUCCACGUCAACAAGGUGCACUACAUUCUGAACGAGAUCGUGAUGGGCGGCAUGGUCCUGGAGACCAGCAUGACGGAAAUCAUCACGCGUACCGAGGAGCAGAACCGGCUGGAGAAGCAGGAGGGAGGAUUGGCGGCGGCGCCGGCCCGGGCUGUCUCGGUGGUGAAGAACAUCAACAUUACACAGCAAAUCAAGGACAUCAAGCUACCGGACCUGCCAGCCGCCAUCAAGGAUCUGAAGUUUUGAUCAUUCCCUCGUGCGCUGGAGACGCACCGUUGGUGUCAAAAUGUCGCUGGCAACAGGUGCAGAGAGUUGUAUAUUGUGUAUGGGGUGGGCAUUGCUGUAUUUUUGUAUGUAAUUAUCUGUAAGUGUUUUCACCGAAGCCAAUAUAUCUAGGACGACCACG